AAAGGCUGAUGAAAACCUGAGAUGACCGAAGGCAGGCAGUGCCAGGUUCAGCUCCUCGAUGACAGGAAGUUGGAACUGCUGGUCCAGCCCAAGCUUUURUCUCGAGAGUUACUGGAUCUGGUGGCCUCACAUUUUAACCUGAAAGAAAAGGAAUAUUUUGGGAUAACAUUUAUAGAUGACACAGGUCAGAGUGUCUGGCUCCAGCUGGAUCACAGAGUCUUGGACCAUGAUUUACCCAAGAAACCAGGUCCGGCUACUUUGUUCUUUGCAGUUAGGUUCUACAUUGAGAGCAUUUCCUUUCUCAAGGACAAAACGACGGUAGAGCUGUUCUUUCUGAAUGCCAAGUCUUGUGUGCACAAGGGCCACAUCGAGGUGGAGAGCGAGACCGUCUUCAAGUUGGCAGCCCUGGUCUUGCAGGAAGCUAAAGGCGACUAUUCCAGUGAUGAAAACACUCGCAAGGACUUGAAGACACUGCCAGUCUUUCCCACGAAGACACUGCAGGAGCAUCCAUCGCUUGCUUACUGUGAGGAUAGAGUAAUUGAACAUUAUACACAAAUUAAAGGCCUGACCAGAGGACAAGCCAUUGUUCAGUAUAUGAAAGUGGUAGAAGCUUUGCCAACAUAUGGAGUCCAUUACUAUGGAGUAAAGGAUAAACAAGGAAUCCCUUGGUGGCUUGGGAUAAGCUAUAAAGGAAUAGGCCAGUACGACUUACAAGACAAGGUCAAGCCCAGAAAGCUAUUUCAAUGGAAGCAGCUGGAAAAUCUCUAUUUCCGUGAAAAGAAAUUUGCUGUGGAAGUGCACGAUCCCCGCAGAAUUUCAGUGUCAAGAAGGACCUUUGGACAGAGCGGACUGGUAGUGCAAACCUGGUACGCAAACACUUCCCUGAUCAAAUCCAUCUGGGUAAUGGCAAUCAGUCAACACCAGUUUUACUUGGACAGAAAACARAGCAAAGCAAAAAUUCCUUCAGCCAGAAGUCUGGAUGAUAUUGCCAUGGAUCUGACAGAGAUGGGAACACCAAAAGUUUCAAAACUAGUAACUAUGGAGGCUAAAAACCAGCUUAUUAUGGCCAGCAAUGGCAGUUUAAUCUCAUCAGGUUCUCAGGAUUCAGAGGUCAGUGAAGAACAAAAGAAGGAGAAAAUUAUGGAACUAAAGAAGAAAGAAAAACUCCUUCAAGAAAAACUUCUUGAGAAAGUAGAGGAGCUGAAGAAAAUUUGCCUGCGAGAGGCRGAGCUGACAGGCAAGAUGCCAAAGGAGUAUCCUCUGAGUGCUGGAGAGGAGCCUCCCCAGGUCAGGAGACGUGUGGGCACUGCAUUCAAACUGGAUGACAACCUACUCCCCAGCGAAGAGGAUCCCACUCUGCAGGACUUGGAGAGCAAUUUUAUCAUACAGCAAAAGUUGGUGGAAGCUGCCAAGAAGCUUGCCAGUGAACAAGACCUGUGCAAAAAUGUGAAGAAGAAAAGAAAGCAAGAAUAUGCUGAUGCUGUAAAAAAGCUCCAAGAGAUAGAAAAUUCCAUAAAUGAAUAUAGAAUCAAGUGYGGCAAGAAACCAACCCAGAAAUCAACUUUUACUCUGCCAGAUGAUAUAAUUCCAUCUGAAAGCAGCUCCCUGUCUGAUACAACAACCUACGAUGAGGCCAGUGAAUCCCUUGCUGUGCCAGCGCAAAGGAGCAGCUCUGCACAGCUCUCUCCAAGGCUCCCUCCACCCAAGUCCCUYGGGGUGGAGAGAAUUCAUCUCAGAAAGUCAUCCAUAAAUGAGCAGCUCUUCGAAACCAGACACACCAGGGACCCGCUGUCGACUCACAGCAGCCCGUACCGGACGCUGGAGCGGCCGCCGCAGGCGCCGGGCGGCAGGAGCAUGCCCACCACCCCCGUGCUCACCCGCAACGCCUACAGCAGCAGCCACCUGCAGCCAGACGCUUCCCCCCACCAUUGCAGGCAGCGCAGUGGAAGUCUGGAGUCCCAAACCCACCUGCUGACCGACCCCCCUGGUGACAAACCAGCCUUCUCCCUCUCAAAGUCGCAGCGAAGCAGCAGCACGGAAGUCCUGGACGAUGGGUCGUCCUACACUAGCCAGUCCAGUGCAGAAUACUACUGUGUAACACCUACUCCCAGUGCAUAUUAUACUACACAGACACUUGACAACAGGACCAGGGGUCGAAGACGGUCCAAGAAACAAAACUUUUCUGCUGCAAGUUCAGGGAGUAUGCCAAAUCUUGCCCAGAAGGAUGUCCGGAACGGUGUCUACCACAAAAGUCAGGAUCAGCCUUCCUCUAGCUACUAUAUUUCUGGAUAUUCCCCUUACACCGAACCUGAUGUUUACUACAACGGAGGAUAUGUUUAUGAGAGUGACACCGAGGGACAGUACAGUGUCAAUCCUUCCUAUCGCUCUUCCGCGCAUUAUGGAUACGACCGUUACAGGGAAUUCAGGUCUUACCACGAGGACGAGGUGGACAGAGUACCGCACAACCCGUACGCAACCCUACGGCUUCCCAGGAAGCAAGUUGCAAAAACAGAGCAUAUAACCAAAAACAUUCACAAGGCCUUAGUAGCAGAGCAUCUCCGUGGCUGGUACCAACGUGCCUCCAGUCAGAAGGAACAGGGUCACGGCCUGCAGGCAGGCUUUGAGUCUGACAGAGGGUCUCAGAGGAGUUUGGGCUUCUCUGGUCUGCAAGUUCCCUGCUCUCCUAGCAGUCGAGUUUCUUCUUUUUCUUCAGCAUCUUCUGCAAACACCGCAGGGMCCUGGCGGAACCCGCUGGCACAGGGACUCUCGGAUUACGACUCGUUAUCUCAUUCCUCUUACGCCAGCUGUUAUGGGAAUGUUUACGGCAACCUUCCRUUGCAGAGCAGAGCUUUUGGCGAGACGAGCCAGCUGGGUGGCGACGAGGGCAGCCGCUUGGAAGACGACUUGCACAGCAACGAGCAGCGGUUGUUUUGGCACGAGGAUUCAAAGCCUGGGACUCUCGUGUAGCCCGCGCGCGGCCCUGCAUUCGUACCCUUGCGUGCCUUGCACAGAACGCUGUUACCUGGAAGAGGAUCUCGGGUGGAGCUUCCCAAUCAGGCCAGAAGGAAGGGUUCUGUUUGGCUGGGAAAGGUGGAAAUUCAGCAUUAAGAGGGACUAUAGCAAAACCUACCAAGUCUUACCCACAGAGGUGUUUCUGAAUCCCGAUGGCCGGCGUGAGCAAGGGCAAGCCACGAGUUAAUCUGUGACAAGAUGCAGCACUUGGUUGAAGUAUUUAUACUUGGCAAGCACUUUGGGGAAGAUUGGAAGAUGUUGAAGGCAAACCUCAAAAAAAUGUGAARAGGAAACUCUUAUGGAAAACCAGGAAUUUUAGGAGCACAAUUUCYGUGUCUGAAAGAAGAAGAAAUGAAAAUUUCUUCUCCCAUGGCUUAUGRCGGCCUGGAAGGACUUUCAUAAGCCUAUGAAGGAUAGAUACUGUGUGUGUGAGUGAGGCAAAGGACUUAAUCAGUAUUGGAUCAUUACUUGAAGGAAGGCUGGAUCUUUUUUUAAGGAGGUUUGAAUGAGAAUAUCCAUAUUUGGGGUGUUGUUAAGAGUGUUUGUUAGCACCACAAGCAAGUUCUGAAAAGAAAGGUAUUUGCUGUCACAAAAUGUCAUGUAAAACUAUAGGUGGUUGUGGAUUUUUAGAAACAGAAGCAGUAAACUUUGAACUCUCUUCCGUGAUAAAGUGUAAUUAAUAACCUCACRUUUGAUCAACUUUCCAUGGUACAAUAUCACUGUGCAGAGGAGUAUGCAGAAGUUCACCCUGGGUGCACAGUGAACUACUAAUUGGAUAUCAGUUGCGUUUUGCUCUGCCCCAUUGAGUYGAGGAUUGGGAUGGAGCGCUCUAGUAAUCACACAUUCAACAAUCGGGGUGUAAUGGCCAGUAUUGUGAGGUGGAGGCAAACAGAACCAACCGACCAAGCGGGUGCCUUAAAACUGAGGGCAUUAGAGUUGUACCACGAGCCAUGGGAGCUGCCCGGCGCGUUGCAGCGUCGCUGAGUGACCAAACAGCAUCUUCACAGGACCAUCCGUUUCUCAAAACACAAUAGUGCGACUGCAGGUUUGGCCGAGGAGAGAGAAACCUACCUCAUAUCAUCCAUCUGUAGGAACAAACUAGCAUGGGUUGUCUCGUGUGAUUUGCAGGAAGUCACUUGCAUUCUGUAAAAUAUCUCUCGUUUCGCAGCUGUAAUGUGCUUCAGGAUUCCAUACAAUGGUGCUCUUCUUUUUCUUUUAUACAAAGGGUUAGCUACUCCUUGUUCAUAUUGUGAAUAGAAAAGUUUCUGAUAAACCUUUUUGACAUUUUUUACCAAUAUUCUAGAGCAUGUAAUAUAUACAGAAGGACACAAUUGUUAAGCUGGUACUUAGUCGUUUGUAUUAUUAGAGCCGCGAUUUGGAAUUAAACGAACAAAAGCAAAAUAAAAAGAUAACUUAUUUCUU